AUGGAGAGAUAUCACGACUAUUCGAACGACAUUGCCGGCAAAGUAAAUCAAACUGUUGCCGCUCAGCUGGGACUCCCAGCUUUGAGCAAUUCUGAUAUCCCACGAUGUGGAGAGAGGGGCCUACACUUCGACCCGUGCACCCGAAGCGAGAUGUUCGCGGAAUUAAUGGAACAUCAUCCGGUCUUUGCUCCAUUUAGUACUGCAAUCUACUCUAACGUGGCCUUCGAUAUCAUGGGAUAUGUCCUCGAGCGAAUCACGGCCGUUCCAUUUGAAAAAUCUGUCAAGCGUUCGAUCGUCGACCGACUCAAGCUCAAGCGUUUCGGUAUCGAAACCCCUCCUGACGCCUGGGGCGUUAUUCCAUUUGAUCCUCUGACGUCUCAUUGGAACACUUCACGUGGUUCUGGUAACCCGGCAGGAGGAUUUUAUUCAAGUUCAACUGACCUAGCUCGGGUUGGACAGUCAAUUCUACAAUCUCGCCUUAUUCCAGAAACAGACACUCGACGCUGGCUGAAGCCCAACUCUCACACUUCCUCUUUGAUGUCCUCCGUCGGCAGCCCCUGGGAGAUUUACCGGUCAUCCAACACUAGGGUUAUCGAUUUCUAUACCAAAUUCGGAGACCUCGGUAGCUACGGCUCAGUCAUCGCCCUGAGCCCGGAUCACGAUGUGGGAUUCACAGUUCUGGCAGCGGGAGCAAAACCAGGGUCACAAAGGACACUCCUCGCCGAUUUAAUUGGACGCUUACUUAGUGCCACUCUGGACAAGGAAGCGCGACUACAGGCCGUAGAAGAUUUCUCGGGAACCUAUUCCUCUUCCCCAAGCAGUGAAAACGAAAAAGCUACCGUGCUGAAAAUCAGCAACAAAACGGACGACACCGGCCCAGGAUUAGCAAUUGAGUCGUUCUACCUCAAGGGUGCCACAUUCAAGGACAUAAUUGGGGCGUUCUUCGGCGCGCCGCCGGGAGCAUUUCCCAAAGUUGACCUCCGCCUGCAGCCCACUGGCCUGACGGCAAGGUACACCAGCAGCUCGCGCGAAUCAGUCAGGUCGCGAACGUCUUUCCGUGUCGUUGCCACUCUUCCGGAGCCCGGCGCUGAUAAUAAUUUGACUAAAGAGAAGAUCUUCAGCGGUGUUUGCGAGCCAUGGACCUCCAUUGAUGCCUUGCGGUAUGGACGCAGGUCGAUUGAUGAGCUUGUCUUUGAACUUGAUGGAGCUGGGAAGGCAGUGGCGCUUGACAUGGGAAUCGCCAGACAGAUACUGCUUAGAAAGGACACUAACUGA